AUGGCAGAUUUAGCGAAAGCGUUGGAAGAAAGUGGAGAUCCUCGUGGCCCUCUUAGCGGCCUGAAUCCAUUGAUUACACCUGAUUUGGUUGACACUUCUUCAUUAUUAGGCAAUGCUGUAGAUAU